AUGGAUCCUUAUCUACAACAACAACAGACUGACCAGCAACAGCAACACGUCCAUCACACGCCGCGCUAUCGUCACGUCUCCGCCCCCGUUAACAACCAACCCCAGAACCUGUCCUCCUUCCAGGAGUCCAUGCGCCAGGACUCGGUCGUCGUCAACACCUCAUCCGCCGUCGACAUGAGGGGCGCUCUUCCUCCUACAGGUUCCGAGGAUGAGCCACAUCUCUACGGCUACGACUACUCCUCUCAUGGCUAUGGCCAGGACAACAGCAACAGCAACUAUAAUGACCAAGAGUCCAGCAGGAGCCAGGGGGCACAUAGCAGUGAAAGCAACCACCGCAGUCAUCAAGGAACACCCUUCGAUAGGGAGAGGGAGAUAGAGAAGAGCACAGGCCACGUCGGCAUCACGAUCGACCACCAACAGGGCCAUGACCUCGACCAGCAUCAGCACCAGGACCAGGACUAUACCAGUCAACAGCCCCAUCAUCAGGUUGGACGAGGUGCCCAUGGUCAUGGUCAACAUAAUAAUAACCAGGGUCAGAGUCAGAGUCAGAAUCAGAGCCAGCCCCACGGUCAAAGCCACGGCUUCCCUCAGGGUUAUGCCUUUGGACACGGGCAUCUCUCGCCCGUAUCGCCAUCCCUCUCUCAGCAACAACAGUCUGCCCCAACAGUCGAACCAGUGCCCCCACCGAGCAAGGGCGCAACUCAGUCCAAUCGUGCUGGUCGGUACUCAGGGAUGUUCCACCAGGGUUAUACACAGCAGUACCAUGGCCACCUACCAGGCGCAACACUCUCGCGACAUCUCUCGAUUCAGCUCACCCCCAACCAAACCUUGAUGCCCCCGCUGUUACCCCCACCCCCACCUGCAGUCCACGCAGGAGGAGGAGGAGGAGGAGGAGGGUCUCACGCUCACCAUUCGACAGUACCGAUGGAUGGCAGUCCCAGAGGUUCAUCGGCGGGAACAUCUAGAGACUACGCGAUCCCUCCACCCAUGGCCGUGACACCCCCUCGUGCACUGCAGUCUUCCACACAACAACUGCAGCAGAAUCAGAGCCAGUCUUUCCAGCCUCAGUCGCAGUUCCAGCAAAUGCAGCAGCAGCAGCAGCAACAACAGCAGAGUGGCUCCCAACCAUCCGUUGCCCUCCCACCUCCUACUGUGAAAUACAUACGCUCGCCCAUGCGCUCACCCAAGAUGCCUCAAAUGUCAUCUCAGGCAAUGGCUCAUGCCCAAUCACAGUCCCAGUCGCAGUACCGUCACCAUCACUCGUCCUAUCAGCAGGGCCCACCACCUGUUCAGAGUAAUCAGCACCACCUGCCUCCAAGGACCCAUCGCAGGAGUAUCCAGCCCUUGACACUGGAUCAGCAGCAGCCCAAAGGAGGAUCUUUUCGCUACGUCAGGAACCAAGCCGAUUUGUGGCCUCAGCAAGGUUCUCAGAAGUAUCGCUCCAUCGAUGCCUAUGGUCACAGUGUCAGCCCUUUGCGAGCCUUAACCUUGCAGCUGACAAAGACGUACUCGCACUGCAAUCGGGAUUUCAAAUACGAACCCUCUUACAACCCACGCAGAGUCUUGACCAAGCCGUCCAAGCCAAUGCACAACGAAGGCUACGACAACGAGGACUAUGAUUAUAUUUUAUACGUCAGCGACAUCUUGGGAAGUGAAGAACGACAGAGAUAUGUUAUCCUGGAUGUUCUUGGUCAAGGAACGUUUGGUCAGGUUGUCAAGUGUCAGAACCUAAAGACCAAUGCGAUUGUAGCGGUCAAGGUCAUAAAGAACAAGCCCGCCUACUUCAACCAGAGUAUGAUGGAGGUGACCGUCCUGGAACUAUUGAACGAGCGGUACGAUGUCGAUGACCGACACCACAUUCUGAGGCUGCAGGACACAUUUAUUCACCGGAGGCAUCUCUGUCUUGUGUUUGAGCUGUUGUCGGUCAAUUUGUACGAGCUGAUCAAACAGAACCAGUUCCGCGGAUUGCGAAUGAGUCUGGUUCGCGUCUUUACUGCCCAACUUCUGGAUGCCCUCUGUGUCUUGAACGAGGCUCGUAUCAUUCAUUGCGAUCUCAAACCUGAGAAUGUCUUGUUGAAGAAUUUGGAGACGCCUACGAUCAAGGUAAUUGAUUUCGGAUCGGCCUGUCAUGAGCAACAAACUGUGUACACUUACAUCCAGUCGAGAUUCUACCGGAGCCCUGAAGUCUUGGUGGGAUUACCGUAUUCGUCGUCGAUUGACAUCUGGUCGGUGGGGUGUAUUGCGGCAGAACUAUUCUUGGGUCUACCGCUCUUCCCUGGCAGUUCAGAGUACAAUCAGCUCUCUCGCAUCGUAGAGAUGCUCGGAAUCUUGCCGACAUACAUGUUAGAGAUUGGAAAGACGGCGCACGAGUUCUUUGAGCGGGUUCGCCCGGAGCAUUUGAGCCACAACUAUAAUGCACCGACCCCAAAGAGGUACCGACUCAAGUCUAUGGAGACCUACUCGAGAGAACACAACGUUGUGGAGCAGCCCAGCAAACGAUACUUCCAGGCCACCACCCUACCCGACAUCAUCAACAGCUACCCCAUGAUGAAGAAGGGCAUGACCCAGGCCGAAGUUGAAAAGGAAAUGAUGAACAGGCAGUCGUUUAUCAACUUUUUGCAGGGACUUUUGAACUUGAAUCCGAUCGAGCGUUGGUCCCCCCACCAAGCCAAGCUUCACCCCUUCAUCACGGGCGAACCAUUCACGGGCAACUUUAUUCCUCCGACAAUUCCAAAGAAACCUGCGACGGCAGAAAAUUCGGCACGUUUGGAGCCUACUCUGCCGGGAAAGUCUACAAAGAUUCGCUCGGGAUCAUUUUCAGCCUCUGUUUCUACUCCAACGCUCUCGGGAUCUCAGGGAAGUGGAGCUGGAUCAUCGUCAUGGCAGCAGCAGCAGCUAGGAGUAGCAUCAUCGGCGCUCAAGUUUUCCAAGGCAGAGUCAAGUGAGUCUCAAGCGGUCGCAUCCAAGACGCACAAGGAGUCUACCAGUGUUCGCGCCCCUGCAUCUAUAUCGGCAACUGCAGGAUCCAUGGCGACAUCGAGCGACAGCUCACCCGGAUCAUCUCUCACAGACGUGUCGUCGCUGAAUGCAUCCCCAGCAUUGCCAACGGCGCCCUUGGUUGAUGAAGACACUGCUGUCCUUUCCAUGGGAUCAUCGACACCUUCCAGAGGAACGCUUACAUUUGCUCCGGAUACUCGCACCAAUGGUUCGCCCGACCUGCAGACAACGGCGAUAUUGCCCCUUUCCUCCUCAUCGCACCACCACCAGCGACCUCGAGCAACAACCAUGGGCACAGUGGAGGUGCCUAAGAACAUGGCUCAGCUCGCUGCCGCUAUCACGCCUCAUCAAGUGCACACGCCUGGCGGAUCAUCCAAUCUCUCGCAUCGCACUGGCCCUAAUGAUUCAUCGUCUUCCGCCACGACGACAUCCUCAUCUCUUUACUCCUCGACCAGCGGCCAUUUUGGAAGUGGAAGAAUUUCUGGACUCCGACAGAUUCCCGAGAGAUCGGAGCAAAACUCUCCUGCGUUCGAUGGAUCAACCAGCGUUGGCGAACCUCUGGUGGAUGGACUGCAACCACCACUUCACCAGCAGUACCAGCAGCAUCAGCAGCCCCACCGCUAUUUGCUUCGGAGUGGUAGCGACAGCACUGGAAAAGGCUCCCCUCGGUUACUUCGGGAUGCUGACGAUGUAUCGGAAUCGGGGAAUCGAACAGCAGCGGGUCAGUCAACCCUUUUGCCACAGGAUGCGAUUCUUUCCGAGUCUGCUUCUUUAGGGGGAUCCAAGUCAUCGUCUAAUGCGCCUGAACUGACACCACUUCAGAGAAUGCAGCAACAACUCCUAGUCGGUCAAUCGCAGUAUCACCAACAGCAACAACUACAGCAGCAGCAGCAGCAGCAGCGCCAUCGAUUCCAGUUUGGCUACCCUCAGUUGAGUCCAAGCCUCAGUGGUGAGACGGGCAGUAGUAGUGGUAUGGAGAGCAACAGCAGCAGCCGGCAGGACAACCUGAGCGAGCCCGAUUUUGAUGCAGAGGGUGGUCAUUCACUCCAGCAUUUAAAUCUGGGCAGCCACCGCAGCCGAAGCAGUGACAGCAUGGAGAGCUCUGAAGGGAGGGCAGAGAUGGAGGAGCUGGAUGCGGAAGAGUACCGCCACGGCGAGUUUGAGAACACUAGUUUCAGUGAGACUCGAACUGGCGGCAGGAGUGGAGCAAAUAGUGGGAGCCCCUACAGUUUUGGUCAGCGUUGCAACAGUGGCUUACAACAUUCACUCUCUGAUGGGACCGAUUCACCGGAAGGCGAGUCUUCAUUGUCCUUUGGAGCUGGCCGCGGUCAUCCGCUGUCGUCUCCUUUAACUGUGGAGCGACCUGUCGGUGUUGACAACCAGGAUGCAGUUUUGAGCAAAGUCGAGGAGGAGGAGGAGGACGAAGUUGACGUGAACCAUUCUGAUGAUGACAGUGAUGAGGACAAGGAAGGAGACUCUUACAGGAACAUAGGGGCCACAUAUGUUUUGGAAGACGAGGACGAGGAUGGGGAAGAUGAAGACGCAGGUGAGGAGGACAAGUUGGCUGACGCUGACAAGACCAAGGAGGUCAGGGAGGUCAAGGAGGAAGCAAAGUCAGUCUCGGGACGCACGUUGAACCAGGACGAGGAGGAUGGGCAUGUGGUGGUAGACAGGAGGACAGAGACGGAGAGGAGUCAGACGAAGGGUGGGGCUGACAGGAAGACGAUAGCGGCGUAG